GCAAGGACAGCGACUGCCCCCUCUUCAGCAUGGGCGGCCACGAGAGCUCACCGACGACUAUUCAAGGCGCCAGGCUCUGGUGGUCCUCCCGCUCCCACCCCGUCGAACGCAGCCCCUCAUCCUGGUAUCAGACCCCACAAGUGAAGCGGCGGUACUACCACCUGAGCUUCCAUAAGCGCCACCGCGAGCUGGUGAUCAAUUCCUACCUCUCGCACGUCCUCCGGGAGGGCCGCGCCGUGACGGUGACGAACCGCCAGCGGAAGCUCUUCACAAACAUCAAAAGCAGCCACUGGAACCACGUCCCCUUCGAGCACCCGUCGACCUUCGACACCCUCGCCAUGCCCCUGGCUAAGAAGCGCGAGAUCAUCGGCGACCUCAUCGCCUUCCGCAACGGAAAGGACUACUACGCCAAGAUCGGGAAGGCAUGGAAGCGCGGGUACCUGCUGUACGGGCCCCCCGGGACAGGCAAGUCGACGAUGAUCGCCGCCAUGGCCAACUUCCUCGACUACGACAUCUACGACCUCGAGCUGACCGCCGUGAAGUCCAACACCGA